AUGGUCAUAUUUGGCCCGUUCACUGUGUCUCUCCUAGUUCGCCCAGUCGAAAGGUCAAAUGCACGAAGCCUAGGUCACGUCUUACCCCCAAGGAACAGGACACGUCCCGUUCAGUCAGGAUUCACGGUUUGCUUUGAGCCCACUUUGGCAUACGGGCAUGUAGCAACUCAGCCUCUUGGUGCGUCGGCCGUUUCAGCCCACGCAUACAUCCAGUUCCGUCCCGCAGUAAACCAUAUCAUCCCCUCUCACCUUGCUCUCGUGCUACGCACACUUGGCCUUGUGCUCACCUCAUAUCUACUCAUGGCCAUGCGACUGCACUUUGUCAGAUUCAUCCCCUCAGUACUUGCGGAUAAGCUCAUUUUGGCCACACUGCUAGAAGCAGCCAUUAUUGUGCUAUUCUAG